AUGCCGCGGACGCGGUCAACGGAUGGUCUACGCCCUUUUCUGCUCACCGUCAAGGAUCGACCCAAGCACGAGCACCACCGGCGAGGCAAUGGGCACCAACACGAGCGGGUUCGACUGUGCGCGCACGACCCGCUGCACACAUCUGGGUCGUCAGCCCCAGACGGCGGUCCCCGGUCGAGCCCGAUACGACCGAGCAGUGCACAGCGAUUAGCUGGUGGUCGCCCGGUCUCCCACUCGCUCACCGACGUCGAGCUACAGCCCAUAGCGCAUUCUGACAUCGCCAUGGGACCCCCGAUCUUCAACCGCAAUGCCAAUGCGGUGCGCGAUGUGGAGAGAUCAGAAUGCACGCGCCCCUCACAAUCCCAGCAGCCCUCCACCUCAUCGGCGCAAGAGCCCGAGCGCAAGCGGAAGUGGCAGCUGCACCAGGGGCGGAAUCGCUUCUUCUGUGAUGGCAAGUUGGUCACCUCGCGGCAAAACGGCGUCUUCGUCUUCACCAUCUUUGCCAUCUCCACGUCGCUGACGCUAUUCUUUAUUUUUGAGGGCCCGUUCCUCUGCAAAGAAGUGUCGGUGGCCGUGCCGAUCGUCGUCGCCCUGCUCUCCAUAUUCAACAUCAUCAAUUUGUUCAGAGUCUCGUUCAUGGACCCCGGCAUCAUCCCGCGGGCCACGAAUCUCGAGGUGAUCGAGGACGAGCGCCUGCAGCGGCUAGACAGAGCGACGGCCGAGGAUGCGGCUCGCGGCAUGCAGCGCACCAAGCAGGUCAUGCUCGGCGGCCAGAUGAUAAAGUUGAAAUACUGUACGACGUGCCGCAUCUUUCGGCCGCCACGCGCCUCCCAUUGCUCGGUGUGCGACAACUGCGUCGCCAACUUUGACCAUCAUUGCCCCUGGGUGGGUAACUGCGUCGGGUUGCGCAACUACCGCUACUUCUACUUCUUCGUCAUCUCCCUCGUGCUGUUGAUGUUCAUCUUUGCCGCCUGCUGCAUCACGCACAUCGUUAUGGAGAUCAAGCGACACCGGGGGCAGUUCAUCGAUGCUGUGCGUGUGACGCCAAUUUCAUUGGUGCUGUGCUGCAUCUUGGUCCCGGCGGCGUUCACGGUGAUCGGCCUCUCCGGCUUCCACACCUACCUGAUCGCGCGCAACACGACGACCAAUGAGGAUAUGAAGGGCACGUUCAAGCGACGGCCCAACGUCAAGAACCCCUUCAACACCGGCUCCAUCUGCAAGAAUUUCUGCGUGCGGUUGUGCACGGCUGACGCGCCGAGUAUGCUGGAUGCGACUGGCUGGGCCGACGAGCACCCUGGGCUGCAGCUCGAUGUCACAAAGUCGCCUGCCAACGGGCGAUCGCCGGCAGCGCCUGGGCGCGGACGCGACAAUGGAAUCUUCACCGUCACCAUCGACAACGAGACGGGGCUGCGGGUG